UCAUUACCCUGGUUUUGCAAGUGUCUGCUGGGAAUGCAGGGCUCGGUGUGUAUGUGCAGCUCUCAGUGAGUAAGCAUAGUGAAAGCAGAGCUGUGUUUGUGUAGUGUAAAAGGAAGGACCUCCUCCAAUUGGGUGAGUACAACGAGUCUGGCUUAGCUGGGAGGAGGAUGCGGUGUGUGUGAAAGGAGACAGGGCCUCGGGGGAAGCUCAGUGAGGGGAAAUGCUGCCUGGCUUUGCAAGGACAGACGUGUAAGAGACUUUGAGCAGAUUCUGUGAAAUGAGCGUGUGGAUGAAGUUGUCAACCCAGUCUGAAUCUCUAGGGACUUCUGUGAGGCAUCGACUAAACACCUGUGUACACACCAGUGACCUGCCUAAGCCUUAACACAACUGAAAGGACUGGCAUGGUUCCUGACACUGACUGAUGCAGCAAAUGGACUAAAGGUCAAAAUUGGUCCAUAGUGUUCUGAAGUUCAACCCAUUACAAGAAAAAUCGGCGUUGAAGAAUGAAAAUCCUGUCAAGUGACCAUAAUGUUGAUGGACAAACCUUAUGAAUUACAUUCUUCAGAAGGCAUGCCAAGGAUUAUUAAGACUGGGGUGGAGACAAGUUUCCAGUAGUGAACAAUGCGGCCUGAUAAUUCCUAAAAGAAAUGAUGCUGUUUACUAGUUUCAUGAAGAAGCUGGAUCUUCCUCUUUUUCAAACACAAACUGAUGGCAGGUAUUUAUUUAUGUGAAUAAAGAGAGUGCUAGAAAACGCCCUGUGAGAAUUAACCCUUCUGUUACUAGCACUGGGGAAGACCGCCCAGGAAAAAAUAAAGAACAGCUCUGUCACAGUGAAUGUUAUUCCACAUCACCUGCUGGAAAAUCGUUCUCCCAGGGAGAUGAUUCCACAUGAAGUUGUUGGUUUUCCUUCAGGAAUUAAAUGUGACUUCCCAUUCACCAGACUGAACUCAGUAUCAGUCAGACAGUGAGCGAGCAGUGGUGGUUGGCGGGGGUGGCAGAAAGCAAAACAUGAAAUCUAAUCAGGAAAGGAGCAAUGAAAGCCUGCCACCAAAGAAACGAGAAUUACCCGCCACCAGUCGACCUUCUGAAGAGAAGACAGUCGGACUGAGGAGUGAAAACCACCGUACAGAUAACUUGCCAUGGAUCUCCACCACAACCAGCAACCAAAGCAGCUUGGGUGGACGUCACCAUGGGCAAGCUGGAGCUUCACCAGAAACUGGUUUACAACAGGGGGCAGUUUUACAUAAAUCACUUUCUACCAAUAUGGACUAUGCCACCCCCAGUGCUCCAAGGUCAGUACCAGUGGCAACAACAGUUCCUGCCCUUUAUCAAACUACACAAUCAGGGGCAUCUGUGUCUCCUGUGCAAUAUACAAAUGUGCCCCAUACUUUUCAUUUCAUUGGGCCUCCCUAUAGUGGACCAUAUGCAGGAUUCAUCCCAUCACAACUUAUAUCACCUACAUCAAAUUCCACUUCUAGUGCUGUAUCAUCAGCAAGUGUUACCACUCCAUCACAACGCUCCCAGAUGGAGGCUUAUUCCACUCUGAUAGCAAGUGUGGGUAACUUUAGUCAACAAGGGCAUAAAAUCGAACCACAUCUAGAUCGGAAUUCUGGAUUGAUUUCAGCAGGAUCACCACAUACCCAGCCAAGUCAAUAUGUCCAUAUUUCUAAUUCAUCACAGAGUGGCAUCAGAACUCUGUCACCACCGACCAUCCCAGUUCAUUUACAUAAUCACCCUACACUUGCCUUGGGUCCCACUUCACAAGUGCUUUUGCACUACUCAGAUCCAGGAACUCACUACAUCACUAGGGACCCUACAAAGAAGGAAGAAAGUUUCAGAUCACAACCUAAGGAAUUAUUAAAUGGGGAAAUCGAGAAAGUUAGAAGAUUUGGAGUUUCUCCUUCUACAGAUGCACAGUUAAUGAAAGCAGGCAAUAAUAAACCAGCUUCUCAACAUUUUGAGUCAAGGCACGUAGUUGUUCAUCCUAGUACUGAUUACAGUACUCGGGAUUCCUCAGGUGUUCGGACCUCAGUUAUGGUAGUACCCAACAGCAACACUACUGCCACGGACAUGGAUGUCCAACAGACCAUUAAGAGAGAAACCUCACCCUCAGCAGUUCAUAACAAGGGAAGCUUACAUUUAGGAAAGCCAGCCCACCGGUCCUAUGCUUUAUCCCCACAACAGACUCUAUGCCCAGAAGGUGUUAAAACAGUGACCACCUUAUCCCCUCACACAGUCAUCCAAACAACACACAGUGCAGCAGAGCAACUUUCUGUUGGGCUGCCUGCUGCAGCCUUUUAUGCGGGUACACAACAGCCAGUUAUUGGCUAUCUCAGCAGUCAGCAGCAAACCAUUGGCUACCCUGGAAAUUUGCCACAGCACUUGGUUAUCCCUGGAACCCAGCCUUUGCUCAUACCAGUUGGCAAUCCAGAAAUUGAAUCAUCAGGGGUUGGGGUAGCACCUGCUAUUGUCACUUCAUCUCCCCAAUUUGCAGCAGUGCCUCAUACAUUUGUCACUACGCCCAUUCCUAAAAGCGAUAACUACAGUGCUGAGUCAAUGGCAACGCAAACGGCUUACCAGACUGCAUUGGUCCCAGCUCAAAUACACCUCCCAGUUGUACAGUCUGUGGCUUCUAAUGUGUCAACAAACCCUACACUGCCCCCUUAUUUUAUGAAAGGGUCAAUCAUACAGCUGGCCAACGGUGAGCUAAAGAAAGUAGAGGAUUUGAAAACAGAAGACUUCAUACAAAGCGCAGAUAUCAGCACCGACUUGAAAAUAGACUCCAGCACUGUGGAGAGGAUUGAUAACAGCCAGAGUCCAGGGAUUGCAAUUGUACAGUUUGCAGUAGGAGAGCACCGUGCACAGGUCAGUGUUGAAGUGUUCAUAGAAUAUCCAUUUUUCGUGUUUGGCCAAGGCUGGUCAUCCUGCAGUCCUGAGAGAACAAGUCAGAUGUUUGAUUUGCCAUGUUCAAAACUUUCAGUGGGGGAUGUCUGCAUAUCGCUUACACUCAAGAAUCUGAAAAAUGGCUCUAUUAAGAAAGGCCAGUCUAUGGAUUCACCUAGUAUCUUGUUGAAGCACCCAAAGAAUGACAGUCUGCCUGGAAACAGGCACAGGUAUGCGGAGCAUGAGAAUGGGAUUAAUCAGGGAAGUUCACAGGUGGCAUCUGAAAAUGGGGAACUUAGGUGCACAGCAGGAUUGAAUGCAGUGACCUUUGAAGCCAAAAGAGAAUCUGGCAAACCCAUAGCAACAAGGAAGAGGAGGUGGUCUGCCCCAGAAUCACGCAAAAUAGAAAAGUCUGAGGAGGAACCGCCAUUGACUCUUCCAAAACCUUCUUUUAUUCCUCAGGAGGUUAAGAUUUCCAUCGAAGGCCGAUCUAAUGUAGGCAAGUGAGAAAAUUGUUUAGAGAUGAGAAUUAGGCUUUCCCUUGUCAUUUUUAUUCAGAUUACUGUACUGUAGAAUAAAUAACCCAGUAUUUACAUGUUAUCAUCUUAUUUUAGGUUUAUGUUAAAACAUUGUUAUAGUUGAGACUGGUAUCUUGCAGGAGAUUGUUGGUGCAUAUGUUCUUUCCACAAGUGUUCAUUAGUAGCUAGUUUUUUUCAGUAGUGCAACUGAAGGGGCAGUGUAUGGUUUCUGCAUUCUCUGAUGAAGAGGAUUGUAUUUGUGUGGUUCCUGUUAUCUUGUUGCAGUGCCACCUUCAAAAGAUCAACUGGCUUCUGCUUUUUAACCUUUCCAAGAGGAUUACAAGGGAAGGAGAGAGGACAAGCAGAACGUGGGUGCACAUGCGCCUGAGUUUGCAUGUAUACUGGUCUGCAGGGCUGAGAGGGAUUACAGCUUCAUUGCUGUGUUAUAUUGCGGGUCUUUAGCACAGAAAAAAAAUAGAAUAAAACAUCUGUUUUAUCACAUUCACAAUGCUAAAAAAAAAAACAUUUCAGGUGGGGAUGGGUAGCUUGAUUAUUCAGGUAGAUAUUUUUCUUCAUCAAGCCUCACAAACUAUUUGUGUCCAGUGUGGAUUCCCAUAAUGGUGUGGUGGAGCGUUCAUAUUUUGUGAUGUCUUGCUACAAAGACAUGGCAGGACUGCCGGCACUGGGUAUCUCCUUACUAAUCUUUAAAGUAAGACUAACUGCACAAAGCAAACUCACCAUUGGCUAACUUUUGCCGUUUCUCUGAUAUUUUCAUCAUUUGUAUUUUGUUUUCAGUGAAAAUUGUUCCUCCACACACACACACACUAUAUAUAUUAAUUUGAUAGUCAACGAAGGCUGUAAAAUGUAAUGUCUGUUGUGUUUGCAGGAACAAAACUCAUUUUAUUAUUCAGCUAGAUGUCCUAUUGGCAUAAGGUGCCCUCUACAAGUACAGAGUGCACAUCCCUUGAGAGCACUAACCUGAUUUGUUUGCAUCUUGAGUGCAACUUUUUUUUUUUUUUUAACUCUAGUACUGUUUUAUUUCUUUACUAACAACUGGUGCCACUUUUUUAUGUUAUUUUGUUUCCAAUUUUAGUGUGACACAACAAGGAAUUAGGACUGGAGGAAUGAGAGGAGAUUGUCUUUAAGCACUUAAAAAUGCUGUUCACACUUAAUUGCCGAGCAUCUUGGUCUAAUGUUUGCUAAGUACUGUAUUUCACUUUUAAUCUGUGUAUUUAAAGAAAAAAAAAACAAUUUUAUCCAACACUGAAACCUACAUGAAAUAGGUAGAGCUUCUUUUAGCAAGAUGUUGAUCGUUUUAAUGUGGUUUCAAAGGGAUGAAUGUAAAUCUUGACCCAGGAUGUGAUCGUUAUUGUCCCAAAGGACUACUUUUCAAAAGGCACUUUUAUAUAAGAAAGAGUUGAAGUCUGAAGUUAGCUGACAUGAAUACAGAUAGUAGUGGUGGGGAAAAUUAAGCUAGAUAGAAAAAAAAUCAACAAAAAAAACACAUUUUUAUGUCCAGUGUUUUUAAAAGAUGGACUUUAAACAAAAAAAAAAGUAAAAAAAAUAAAAAAAAUAUUGCAGUUUGCACAUCUUAAGUUUUGCAUCUGAAUGAUAUUCCUGCAAUUUAAAUGUAAUGAUGAUGUUGAAGAGAGAGAGGAAAAUAACUGAAAAGACAUGUUUAAAUGUAGCAAUUACUUAUUAGCUUGCCUAAUUAGUUAAGAUAAUGUUUCUUUCACAAUUUCCAUCUUUCUGUCACAUUGAACCAAAUCUAAGGAAUUUCAUAGUAUUUUUGCUCUGUUUUAAGUUUGCAUCUAGAAAUGCAAAUGUCAUAAUCAUGAGUACAGUUAUUUGCUACUAAUAAAUAAAUAUUUUCCACAUUUGUUAAAAAAAAAAAACUAGCAUUAAGCAAAAUAGACUGUAGUAAAAAAUAAAGAAAGAUAAAGAGACUAGCAUUAAUUUAAAGUUGAAUAAUAAUUUCUAUUUUAAUCCACUUUGCUGGUCUGAAUGGAGAAACAUAUAUAUAUAUAUAUAUAUAUAUAUAAUCUCUUUAACUAGCACUUUUUUCGUUUUGACCAUAUAUUUCAUAGUGAAAUGUUCUGUUUGCUUGCUUUUGUGGAAAAUGUAUUUUAUUUUUUAUUGCCUAUUUAAUUUCCCCCUUAUCACAUAAAUGUUUGAAAUCACUGUUGCAUUUAUGUUUUGAUGCAAUAUUAAGAAGUGGUUUGAGAUAUAGUUACUUAGGCUUUCAGGUCUCAAAUUGAAAGCAAUUCAAGGCCUACCAACGUUUAUAUUGCAACAGUAAUCAGUAACAAUUUAUAAAGUUGGAGUUUAAAGGGACAUUGUAGACAAGACAUUUCUCUCACAAAUAUAAAGGCACAUCAAUAUUAAAAAUUAUUUGUUGAAAUUUAAAUUAAAAUAUGCAGAAAAUGCAUAUUCUUGAAAAAUGUUUCCUUACUAGGUAGAAACAAAUUCCAGAGGCUAAUCCUCUACAAACCUGAGCAGGUGCAUUUUGCACAUCAACAACCCUUAAAAAUGAUACUUUUAUCCUUGUUUUGGAUGGAACAUAUUAAUGUGUCACAAUGUCCCAUUAAAUUAGAGUAUAUUUUGCUGGCAUGAAAUAUACCUGUGUAACAACAGCUGAUAUUUACUUUUAUUUGCACUCAGAUAAAGAAUUGUGUAGGUUACUGACAUUUUACAUUUAGAUUGAGUAUUACCAUGUUUUCCACAGUUCAAACAAAAUAAUUUAGUUGAUGUUCACUGCUAUGAAUGUGUUUGUAAAUACAUUAUGUUGAUAAUGUAUUAAAAAGGGAUGCAGAUAUCUAAUUAAAUGCAAAAGGCUAAUUUUCACAGAUUUAGCUUCCAUGCAUCCAAAUGCCAUUAGUCUGAGCCAUUUGCUUAUGUUUGAUGUUAGAAAAAGUUAAUGUUAGAUUAUCUCAUUGACGCAGGGGACAAACUAAAGCAUCUCCAAAAAUCAUGGAAAUUAGAAGAGAUGCAUAUUUAAACUAGUGCAAUAUGAUUCAUAAAAUAAGUUGGUUGUACUGGAAGUAAAAAUUCACUAUAAGUGACUGCUAAAGACGAUUGCCAUUUCAGGAUGUAAAGGGAGAAAAAUAUGUGUAUUAAAAAGUUAUUUAAAAAUAUGAUGUGCCAGCAAUUCUUUAAGUAACACCAAAUAAGAAAAGGCCACCAUAUUUAAACUGAUAUCAUCUAUAUAUCUGUAGUUGAUAUGAGCCAAUUAGUCUAUCUAGACUGCCCCUUUUUCAUUUGUGCAAAAUUAUAAAAAAACAUCCUGCAAACUGGUAACCCAUAAACCAUCAAGAUUAUCCACUCUAACAUGAGUGUGGCAGAAAACAAAUAAUAAACUAGUAAAUUAUUUAAUUAUUAGUAAUAUUACUGGCAAUUAACAAGUAAUGAAAAAUAAUAUUAGUAAAGCUCUCAUAAUCUAGAAAUCAAGACAAACCGAUAAAGAGUUAUGAUCCAGGACACAGAAAUGCUUGCACAUAUGCACACACACUAUGUGUCCAAAACACAAGGGGAAAAGGACCAACGUUUUGGCAAUAACCAUUUCUUCAUGUAUUCAAUGGCAUACAAUCAUUUAAUAUUUUUAUGGUAUAUUUUAAGUCAAGAAAUUAACCAACCCAAAAGCAAUAAUCAACAUAUAACAAUUCAUGAAUAGGGAGAGCAGGGCCUGUCACUCUGGAUGCAGUAACAUACCCUUUCUUGUUCAUACUUUUGGUUCUAUAAAUUUUAACUGCACAGAUCAUUUUUUAAGUCAUAAGCAUCAAACUAUGCUGAGGUGACAUUUCCCUUUCUACAAACCCUCUGUAAUGGUUCUCAGAACGAGGGUUGGUGUCUUAGCCUGCUUAUUCGGUGCUUCGUUGACUCAAACCCAUUUCCAGAAGGCGUUUUAUUUGUCCUCUUUUGUGUCAGAGGCUGUGUCAGAGGUUCUGCCACUCACUGACUUUUGCAGGAUGAUUUGACACCUGAGGGUUUAAUGUUCUACGUAAUCUGCUCAGGGCACUUUUAUUUUUUUAUCUCAUAGUAAGAGGGAUAUAGACAAGCUUAAGCUGAGCAAUCUAAAGCUCACAUUUGUACCACUAAACAAUAUGAGCCGGAAAAUAAUAAAAUACCUAAAAUAAAUCAUUCUGUUUAUGAUAAAUUUACAUAACUUUUUUUCCUGCAGAUCAUCAGUAUCUGUAAAGUAUUCAGAAUAAUAACAUUUUACGUGGAAUGCGCAAUCCGCUAACAUGGAAGUCAUCUAGGACUGUAAAGGGAAAGAGACAGUUAUAAACUGGCCUGUUUGCAGUCUUUAAAGUUUAAAAUCCCACACAUAAUGUGUAUAUGGGACUAAAAAUAAUACAAAAAAAGUUUCAGGGCUUGUAACAGAUGGAAUUAAAUAUUGAUGAAUUAACUGACUCUGCAACAUAUUAUAACAGUGGGCUCUAAAACUUAGAGCUGUUCUAAGAAUUCUAUGUCAUAUCCCUUUGUUGCAAUAUGACAUAAAUGACAACCGGUCACCUAGUUGAAAUGUGGUACAUAGGGUUACAGACUGGGAACUCACGCACUUCCAUAUGAAUAAAAGAUGAAGUGUUUUAGUGCUGCCUUAUAGCGCCUCAUCACACUUCAUUCAGUCUAUGCCUGUGACUGUUACUUAUUUUACAGUGUAUAUUAAACUACAGAUUGAUGGUAGGCAGAAAAAGAUUUAUUUUUGUAAAUAUUAAUAAUACAAUAACUACAUUAUUGACAAGUGAGUUCUACAGGACCAUCCUAUACACUGCAUAUAACACAGAUAGAUAUAUAACCGAAUUCCCAUUGUAGCAUUCUAAUAAAAUCUAUACAAAUGUGUAUGUGUGUAUAAAUGUGUGCAUAUAUAUAUAUAUAUAUAUAUAUAUAUAUAUAUAAAUAUAUAAUGUGCACAUUUUAAAAUCAGAGUAUUUCACCUCUGUGCACAGUUGCCACCAGCAGUUAAUAGAAAUCUAUAGUUGCUGCAUGGUAACAAGGCAAAAAUAACUUGGUUGCUAUGCAACAUCUCUAUUAUCUUAUCCUCAGAUGCAAUAUAGAGUCUCUUUACAUGAUGGCAUCCCAUUUCUAUCAUGAAUUCAGAAUUUUGUAUCCUGGUAUAGGAAUUUAUAUAACAGAGAUCUAAAGUCCUCGUCGUAGGCUACUUUUUUAUUGUGUGUCAUAGGAAUUGAUGUUUUAAUGGUGCCAGGCUUCUGUGGGCACUAAUCCUAUUAAGGGAAUUGUCCGUGGAGCUUCUUAAUUUUGCUUAUUCAGAUUCACAGCCACGGAAAUAAAAUGAAUGUAAUACAAUAAAUUAGUGUAAUUAUGAUUUUAUUUGGUUCAGAAUAUAAUAUCUUUAACUCAUGGCUCUGCCACUAGUAAAUGUAAAGCCAACGUCAGGUAUAUACAAAUGUUUGUAUAGUGAGAAAGCAAAACUUAAAAACAAUAGAAAAUGUGUAUAUAGACAGCAUAUAUAUUUUUUACAUUUCAAAAUGAACAUACAGGUGAAGUGUUAUUUUUCUAGCCAAUAUGCUCAGCAAACUCAAAAUAAACUUUGGUACCAAGCAAAAGGUACCUCACUAAAUACUAAAAGAUAUUUUUUUAUAAUACUAUAUUAUAUACAAAACGUUAAAGCAGCAGUCCAUUAAAUGCUGGAGGAGCGUUAUGACAACUAUAUUUAGAUUUUGCAGCAUGCAUUCUUUCAAAGAAAAUCAGGCAUAGAUUUCAAUCAUUUUUUUGUAAAAGUUUUUUUCACAAUGCUCUUAUCUUUUUCUUUUUUUUUAGUUUUAAUCUAAACUAGCAGAGUAGAAUUGAGAAACCAAAUAUUUGUUUUUUUUUAGGUAAAUAUGUUAAUUUUGUGCUGGCCACUAAAGGGGUAUGAGUUGUGGGACAAGUAAAACAAGGAUGGACUGCUGCUAUUUACUCAUGUAUUUGUUAGUAAUAUUUCUUUUUCUCCAUUAGUUCAUCUGUGGAAUAUGAGAACUGUUAGGCUAGCAGGUCGUUAAUGCAAAUUAAUUGUUAAUACUUUUACUAUAUAUACAUGCAUUGUGCACACUGCCUGGAUUAUAUGUUUGAAGUUAAUCUACUCUUGUGAUUGAGAAAUCGUUCGAAAUCUAGAGUAGAAUGCAAGCCUUGCUAUGGGACAGUCUGGAUAUGUAUGAGCAAUUUAAUGGUACUCACGUUUAUGUAUUUGAGCUGGAUGGUUUGAGAUGUAACAGUAACAGGCAUAGAUAUGUUCAGAAAGCAUUCAGCUUUAACACCUUGACUGCCAAAAAUGGUGGCCAUACAUUGGUCCUCCCUGGCAGCGAGAGGGUUAAGAAGUCUAGAUUUUUGUCUCUCAACAUUGACCUUUUUGCAAUAGUAUUGCAUCUUGAUUUUUAUUUGUUUUCUCUACCAGACCUUUAGUUUACAACAAUGCACACUCAUGAAAUUAGUCAGGGCUAACAAUAAAAACCAAGAACCUCUUCCUUGAUAUAGUUUCUUUAAAUAAAAUGACUGUUGCUUACCAAGUUUCACUUGGACGUUGUCCCAUUGUAUUUAGUUACAUUGGUGGGGAGGGGGUGUAAGCUUCUGAUGUUUUUGCCUUAUGUCCUUAAAGUUAUGAGUUCUUUGUCCAGUAUUUUUCUUGUUUUCCCAUUUAUUAUUUUAGUAAUUGUGUGUCUUUUCACCAACUUUGACCAGCCGUGUUGAUUUUAAUUUUAUCAUGUCUGACUACAUUUUCAUUUCAUCACAGGAAGUAACAAGAUCGUCUUUUAUCAGAUAUCAUGUAGAAAGCUUUUACACCUCUUACUCAGGGAAGGGGGUUGGUGUAUGUGUGGUACACUGAUGUGACCAGAAGCAGCACUUUCGCUGCUCUGGAGUAGGGUUGUUCAAUAUUUGAAAGUUUGAUUUUUCUUUAUCUUAGGACUGUGUACUUAUCUAAUAACACAAUAUUGGGGUAAAUGUGAAAUAUAAUAAUUUUCCCACACAAUUCAUAUGAUAUAGUUGUGAUUCUAUAUGUUGCCGUAGGUCCCUUGACUCUAGUCAAUGCCUCUUGACCCUAAUCAUCGACUCCAGUCAAAGAAUACAAAUGAAAAAAAUGAAAGACUUUAAGGUACAUCAUUAAUGUUGUAUCAACAUGUAUUCCCUUACAGACAAUCGAUGAAAUGUGUACACACCCAUGAACAAUGGGGCUGCAUAGAGAUCACAUUUGGUAAAAUAAUGCACUUUGUUUUUUUUGUUUUUGUUUUUUUUUUAUUGUGUGAGGAAGAUAACACUCCAACAUUGGCCUUCAAAGGUUAUUUACCUAGAGUCCAAAAAAAGAAAGAAAACUCUGUCUCACUUUAUGAGCUCUAUUGACUCAAUUUAAAAACAAAGCAAGAAAAAAAAAUGUGUCCUCAUUAAACGCACACAAACAAGCAUGUUGAUGAUAUUCAUGUGUUUAUAUUGUGGAUUCCCUGUGUCCUAUUGGCAGUGUUGUGUUCAUUUAUAAAAUAGAAAAAUCUAAACUACUUGCACACGUCUACUCCGGAGCAUACUUUUUUCUUUUUUCCUUUUUUUUUUUUUUUUAUAUAUAUUUUUACGUAGAUGACCUCGCUUAAGAUGUGUUACCUUACUGAUAGAAUCUUUUUUUCUUGUAGCACUAUACUUUGUUGGAAUAUUUUUUUAAUGUAAGCCUAAUCUGAGAAGCUUAAACCUUUUCUGAAGCACUCACAUUUAGGAGUACAUGAAAUGCUUAAAAGAAAUUGCACAAAAAUAAAUUUGAAUGUUGGCGUGAGUAAUUCAGUGUUUGAAAAGACAUGGAUUCUGUUGAAACAAUAGUGGGUUUCAUACCUUGUUUGUAAAGUAAAUAAAUAUAUAAAUAAAUAUAAAUAUAUAUAUAUAUACGCGUGUAUGUGUGUGAAGGUGUGUUUUUGUAUGUGCAUGUGUAUAUAUGUAUAUAAUUAUAUGCAUAUACACAUACACACAUACAAAUAUUCACAUUUGUAUUCAAAACUAGAAAGGUUAAACAUCGCUUUUUUCUUUCUUGUAUAUAGAAAUCUGUCAAGUUUAGAUGAUCUGGUAUGUACGGCUACGGCCAGGAACAAUAUAUACUAAAAUAAAGGUUUCUAAAGGACAUAUAUGCUUAAUUUUAACCAUGUGAAGUAAACAAUUCAAGAGGUAGGAUUUCUCUCUUGUCUAUUUAAGCACCUGACCAAAACUGACCAGAUUCUGGAAUUAUAUCUUUGGGCAAUACUAAAUAUAAUAAUGUUGGCUUCAAAAUGAUGUAACCUUGUAUUAAUACAUUCAGAUGAUGUCACCAAAAGUUCACAAAAACUGUGAAAUCUACUACUAUUAUUAUCUUUUUGUGGUAAUCUACGGGUCCCUUCACUAUACGUACUUGCAGUUGUGCCUCUAUAUAGUGUUGUGCUGAUCUUAUUAAACAAAUUUCCUAAUAAUUUAUUCUCAGUUGUGUCAUUGUAUCUCAUGAAAAAAUGUUGUUACCAGUCAGCCACAAGAAUUACCGUAACUUACUUGUUUAGUUCAAUAUGAAUUUCUCAGUCCAGUUGACCAAGUCAAAAGCUCUUAAAAAUUCUCACAUGUUUAACCAUUUAAAAUGUAAACAGAAACGUGCAAGAAUUUAGGUUUGCCUGAGUAUUCUUUACAAUUAAUAAACAUAUAGUUCCUGCUUCACAUCUGAUUAUUUUUGGAUUUUAAUCCAUUAUAAUGUUGGUAACUGGUCUUUUUCACACUAUCUAUGUAUUACAAAUAACUUGUCUUUAGAAUGAAUUUCAUUUGCACAGAAAUUCUUUGGUAAAAUGACUGUAUUAAAAUUAAGUGUAUUUGUUCUUUAUAACCUAAUCACAAAAGUGAAAACAAAUUUGAGAUUUCUAUUUUUUUCAUCAUGUUAUGAAAGGACUAAAGUCUUCCAUGGGUUUUAAUUGGAGGCUUCAUCCAUGUUAUUUCUUUGUUAAUUUCUAUUUUGACUGGUCAAAGCUGCAAUUUCCUUUUCUUGUCCAAGUUUCAUCUUCAUUAUUUGGAAGUGUUUUACAGACAGUACACUUUAUUUGAGUUCAGUAUCUACGACUAUAUCACAAUGUGUAUAUUAAUUACAACGUUAAACAGGGAAUAUUACUCAACAUUUCUGUGUUAUAAUGGUCACUUGUAUACCAUGUUUUAAUGUUUUCUUAAAUUAUCUUUAAAAAAAAAAACACACACAAAACCAGUUGUGAGAUUGGCAGAACCUAUUUAAUAAACUAAAUUUAAUUCAACAUUUAAUUAUAAGUUAAGUAGACAUUUUGGAAUGGAUAACAUUUUUCAUUAACCAAAAUGACUAUGGUGUAUAGGAACAUACUGCUGUUAGUGCAAACCUCAAAAGCAAUAUUUCAGGUUCCUCUGAAACUUUUGUUAUUCCGAGUGUGGGAUAAGAGUUGACUAACUAUUAGAAACAAAUGCACUGGUUUCAGUUUUAAAAGAUAAUCAAGUAUACAAUUUCACUUUGCAUUGUAAGGUUGGUGUCCCACAAACUUCUCAAUGAUAAUUUGAAUAGUAAUAAGGAAUUCUUCAUUAUACAGAAGUCAUGUUCAUAUAUAGAUAUAUACUCUUCACCCACACGUUCACCAUAGAGAACCAUACAGACAUUUACACUUUAAACUUGAUAUUCACAUGUUUUGUACAAUGUCGUGUUUCAAUUUUAAGAAAGUCCCAAACCUCAGGUAUAUAGUUUGAUAUGAAAGAUACACUAUAACUUGUAUGGUCUUUAUUUUAUGGUAGGUGAUGGAUGGAACACAAUUAAACCUCCUCAUAUUCUGCUGUAUAGCACACUUCCAAGAAACACCAAAUGAAAAGUUAUUUGCAGCUUUGUGUUGGAAAGCAACAUGGCUGACCUGGCCAGUGCAAAGGUGAAAUAGAAAGGAAAUAAUGUUUUGCACCUUACUGAGCAGAAGAAGAUGUUUCAGUGCAUACAGAUAUAGUUCAGAGCGUUUAUUGUGACAGAACUUUUUUCCAUAUGCGUACAUACUCUCUGUAAUUCCAGUGUAAAAUAUUGUACUUGCACUAGCUUUUUUAAAAACAAAUAUUAAAAUAAUGGAAGAAUUCAUAUUCUAUUUUCUAAUCGUGGUGUGUCUAUUUGUAGGAUACACUCAAGUCUGUUUAUUGAAUUUUAUGGUCCCCUUUCUUUGAUGGUGCUUGCAGGUUUUCUAGGUAGAAUUAUUUCAUUAUAAUAAAACAAUGUUUGAUUCAAAAUUUGAACAAAAUUGUUUUAAAAAAAAUUGUCUGUAUACCAGUACAAGUUUAUUGUUUCAGUAUACUCGUACUAAUAAAAUAACAGUGCCAAUUGCAAA